AUGGCCGACCAGCCGCCUCCUUUAGAAGCUACGCCGAUAUUGAAUGAAGUGCCACUUCUACCUCAUAUGGUUAAUGGGGACAGCAUACAACAGGCUUUGUUUUUGCAGGUUAUUCUUGUACAGGUGAACCCAGGUGAAACAUUUACAAUUACAACUGAAGAUGGACACAUUCAGUGUAUUCAAGGUCCAGCUCAUGUUCCGAUGAUGUCACCAAAUGGGUCUAUGCCACCUAUAUUUGUGCCUCCCGGUUACGUAUCUCAGGUGGUGGAAGAAAAUGGAGUUCGUAAAGUGGUGGUGUUGCCGCACUCGGCUGAAUUCCAUCCUUCCAUGCAUCCUCCUCCUCCUCCUCCCCACGUGCCACAUUACAUGCACCAUCACCACGCUUUGCUUCCUCAUCCACCGCACCCAGUGUACCCUCCAGUUCCUGGCACAGGAGAGCUGCCACCACAGUUCAUUCACCAGCAUCCACCACCGCACGUUUUUCAAGAACAAGAACCUCGUUCACAUGGAAGGACAAACUUCAUUCAGCGAGAUGAAAGGUGUCUCAAAAUGCAAGAACACCUGAAGAAAAGACUAAAAGACAGACAAGCUAGUGGUCAUACUAACAAUAAACUUAACAGCCCUCCAUCUUCACCACAUAAAGUCGUUAAUUCAUCCAAUGCAGCAAUUCAGAAUGGAAAUGGAAAGGGACAGCAAGGGGCAGGUGGACUGCUAAAGCAGAAGCAGAUGGGAAAAACAAAGGGCAGCCCAGAUGCGGAGAUGGGAGAAUCCGACACAGAAUCCAAGAAAUGUGAUAUUCACUUGAGCAUUGGCAAGCCAGUCGUUUCUGAUAUACAAGCAAGAUCAGCCGUUCUGUCCUGGAAUCUCCCAGUUAGUUCACAGAAUGGAGAGAGCCAUAGUCAUAGUCCAGCAGCAUUUACAUUUGAAGUAGCAAUAUCCAACAGUGGUAAAAAUGGAAAAUUUAAAUCUGUCUAUGUUGGGGAGGAAUUAACAAUCACACUUCCUGAUCUCAGACCAGCAACCGAUUAUCAUGCCAGAGUUUCAGCAACCAGCAGUUCCAUAAAAGAAUCCAUUUCUGAAUUAGUGAGCUUCACUACAGAAAGUUGCGAGCCAGACAGCCCAGCUGCACCGAAGCUGAUUAACAGAACCAAAACCAGCCUGAGUUUGCAGUGGAAGUCCUCAAAUGACAAUGGUUCCAAAAUAACUAAUUUUCUUUUAGAAUGGGAUGAGGGAAAGAAUGGACCCUUCAAAGAAUGCUACUACGGGCAUCUGAAGCAGUAUAAACUUACCAAACUCUCUCCUUCUACAAAAUAUUCACUAAGAUUAGCUGCUAAAAACGAUAUUGGAAUGAGUGGGUUCAGCGAGACGGUGACGUACUACACAGCAGGGGUUGUCCCAGCGGCCCCCGCGCCCCCAGUGCUGGUGGAGGCAGGAGUGACCUGGCUGUCCGUGAGGUGGAGCCCACCCAGCGGGGUGUCUGCAGACGACUCCCUCACGUACAGCUUAGACGUGGAAGAAGAAGGUUCUGGUUAUGGUUUCCAGCCACAGUACAAUGGAGAUGAACUCUCAUGCACUUUAAGAAAUCUUAGGAGGAGUACAUCCUAUAAGUUCAGGCUCUUUGCCUACAACAGUGAAGGAAAAAGCAGCCCUAGUGAGGUGGUAGAACACAGCACCAAUCCGGACAAACCUGGACCGCCAGGUAAACCAGCUGUAAAGGGCAAGAUCCAUUCGCACAGCGUGAAAGUCACCUGGGAACCCCCCAAAGAUAAUGGAGGAUCAGACAUUACUAAAUACUUUUUGGAAGUCUCAGAAACAUCAGUUGGAAGUAAAUGGGACACCGUGUGCAGUGGCUCCCAGAGAGAACACGUGUGCGAUCAUCUGAAGCCUGGCACUUCGUACAGAAUGCGAGUUUAUUGUGUCAGUAAAGGUGGUGAAAGCCAGGCUUCUGAUGUUAUGACCGUUACGACAGCAGCUGUUCCUCCUGGACCGUGUCACGCUCCAUGCCUGGCAGGCAAAGCUAAGCCCAAGGAAAUCACUUUACAGUGGGGCCCACCGUCUGUAGAUGGAGGAUCUGACAUUACAGAGUAUGUUCUAGAGAUGGCAGACUCUGAAGAUGAUGAACGCAGACAAGUGUAUCAGGGUCCCGCAUCUGAAUAUGUAGUAAAUAAUCUGCUUCCAGGGAGAACAUACUGCUUCUGGAUACGAGCUGCAAAUAAAGUUGGGUUUGGCCCUCACUCUGACAAAGCAGAGAUCUCCACUGCUCCAGGACCCCCUGAUCAAUGUUGCAAACCCCUGAUAACUUGUAAAAGUGCAACUUGUGCUGUAGUUUCCUGGGAGAGUCCUGCGUGCAAUGGUGCAGAAAUCAGUGAAUACAGACUGGACUGGGGACAGGUGGAAGGGUCGAUGCACAUCAUUUACAGUGGCCCUUGCCAGAGCUAUGAAGUGAAAGGUCUCACACCUGCAACCACGUAUUACUGCAGGGUACAGGCUGUGAACGUCACUGGAGUUGGGUUGUUUGGUGAGACUGGUGUGGUGACAACCCCCGCCUCGGUGCCUGCAGCAGUAUCAGUACUGCAUUUACUUGAAGAAGAUCAGAUGGAAAUUUCUCUUCCUUUAUCAACGUGCCUUGCAAUUCAAUGGGAAGAACCGUGUUGUCAUGGGUCAGAGAUCACCGGAUAUAAUAUAGAAUAUGGGGAAAAGCAGCUUGUAACCAUUGGAAGAAAUACAAGCCAUGUUCUUGAGAAUCUGCUGCCUGACACUCUGUACAGAAUUAGAAUACAGGCCAUAAACAGCUUUGGAGUUGGUCCUUUCAGUCAUUCCAUUAAAGCCAAAACGAAACCACUACCUCCUGACCCUCCUCAUCUUGAAUGCGUGGUCUUCAGCUACCAGAGCCUUAAACUUAAAUGGGGUGAAGGUCCUAGCAGAGCUUUAAUUACUAACCCUACACAGUUCAACUUGCAGAUGGAGGACAGGUUUGGCAGGUUUGUUACUGUUUAUAAUGGUCCUUGUCAUACGUACAAGGUACAGCGACUCAGUGAAUCCACUACGUACUAUUUUAAAAUCCAGGCAUAUAACGAUGCUGGAGAGGGAGAGUUUUCUGAAGUUUACGCUUUCACUACGACUAAGUCUCCACCCGCGUCUCUUAAAGCACCCAAAGCAAAUCAGCUGGAAGAAAACACUUACGAAAUCACAUGGGAACCCUUACAGCCGAUGAAAGGAGAUUCCAUUGUUUACAUCCUUCAGCUUGCUGCUGGCAGAGAGUUUGAUCAGGUAUACAAGGGACCAGACACUUCCUUCCGUCUCAUGAGCUUGCAGACAAACUGUGAAUAUCGGAUCAGAGUCUGCGCUGGCCGUCAGUUCCAGGACUCCACUGGAUCACAGGAACUGUAUGGACCUUACAGUCCCAGUACAGUGUUUUCAUCUCAGAAACAGGAGCUGGUUCCACCGUGCGCCGAUUUGACGACGGAGUUGGCAGAGACUAAGAAGACGUUACGCGAAGAGCGCUUCAUCGCCAUCGUUCUUCUCUGCGGGUUUGCGGUGGUCGCUAUUUUAUUUGCUGUCGUUAUUCAGUACUUUGUAAUCAAGUAAACGAGAGCCUACUCAGUACUCAGCUUUUUGUACAGAAGCUAUUUCGGGUAUUUAUGGUUACUUCUAAUUAAAAUCCUAGCUGGAAAUGUAUAGUUACGUGCGUUUCCACUUUUGCUGCUGGCUAACAGUGAGGCUGGGUUGGCAGAUCCUUUCCAAAUACUGAACACAGAUUUCUUGUAGAAAGGGUAAUCCUGGGUCCUCUGUAAUCAGGGUUAGCUGUUAAUAAAACAGCAAAAAAACUGCCUUACUGU